UUGGUAUGUAAAGGCCAAAUUGACUUGCUCUACAGCGCAAGCGCAUUUUGUAGGUACCACGGUAGGAUUUCGCGCAGUGCCGCCGAAUUCCUGCUUAGCUCCGGUAUCAACGGCAGUUUUCUGGUGAGGGAGUCGGAGACAUGCGUCGGCCAGAUUUCAGUUUCGCUCCGCUACGAGGGACGCGUUUACCAUUAUCGAAUCAAUCAGGACGUCGAAGGAAGGGUGGGAUUGUUUACGCUCAAGGAGGAUACGAUGCUGUUGGGUAAGCGUAUUGAUGUGACGCCGACGAUCCUCAUGUACAUGGCCACGCAGGUUAGCAGCGGCAUGGCUUAUCUAGAGUCGAGGAACUUCAUUCAUAGGGAUCUUGCGGCGAGGAACUGUUUGGUUGGCGAAGCGUUUAUAGUGAAGAUAGCUGAUUUUGGUCUGGCACGAUUCAUGCGCGCUGAUACAUACACGGCCCACGCCGGUGCGAAGUUUCCAAUUAAAUGGACAGCUCCUGAAGGGUUAGCGUACAACACGUUUUCCACGAAGAGUGACGUGUGGGCUUUUACGCUUUUCUUUGUCAUCGAAUUGAUCUGUUUUUAUAUGACGACCGAUGCUUGUUGCAGAGGUGAAGGCGCAUUUGAAGGAGAAGUCGUCGGCCUUGGUUCCGACCGCUUCCGGAGGCCAGAUCGACGAUCGCACCAGAGGAGAAAACCUGGUUUGUGGAAAUGUCAUCGGCAGAGCGUCUGA